AUGUCUCGUACACUCCUUCUUCUCCAUGGCUACCAGCAAAACGUCGAUAUUUUCAAAACAGAGACCCUUCCAGUUGAAAAGGUCAUCUACGAAACCUUCGCAACACAAACACGCAUCAUAUAUAUUGAAGCCCCCUUCCACGCAGGAGAAACCAUGUCUGGUAUUGCUCUUCGUUCAUGGUGGGAUCCAAGCGCAUUGGAGAAUGUCGACCGGAUUCACGACACCCUUCGCCACAUGGCAAAGAUCUUAGAACAACAUGGGCCCUUUGAUGGCAUCGUUGGAUUCUCUCAAGGGGGCGCACUUGCUGCCAUUAUGGCUGGGCUUCUGGAGCGUCCAGUAAAAAACCGGCCAAUCUCUUUCAACACAGCACACCCUCGUGUUACGUUCGUUGUAUCCUAUAGCGGCUACCGCGAACACUACAAUGUGUUGCAAAAUUUUUAUGAACACAAGAUCCAAACUCCUGUGCUCCAUUUCAUCAACCCGGAUGACCCAAUUGUCUCCGAAGACCGGUGCAUCCGACUUACAGAGAGAUUGGCUUUGAAGAGGUUUUUGUCUGAGUUUUGCUAA